UCUGCACAUUCCGUGUACAACCCAACACACACUUUCACAUCACAAUCUCACUAGACUCCUUUCAUUACAUGCAUGCUCUCUCUUACACAUCUCCUUGUCCCAAUCCUAUUAAUUUCCUGCCCCUAAACCCACCAUGCCAACACCACUUUCCAUUGAACCAAUUCAAAUGAAUGAAAGUUAAAAACACACACAAGUACCCUCAACUUUUUAACACAGAUUCUUCAAUUCAAAUCCCUGGAUCUUACACAGAGCAACGGUUUUUGGUGCUAAGUUCAAGAUCCAAUGGCGGUUGCUGUGAGAGGAGGCAGAGGUGGAUCUAGUUUUCGUAGCUUCUUCUCGUUCCGGAUCUUCAUCUCGGCCAUGUUUUCUCUUCUUUUCGUUGCCACUCUUUCGGUGCUCUUCACCACCAAUCCCUCCACAUCAAACGAUGACUCUGAUCUUCCCACUACUGGUAAUGCAUACGUGCAUCGAACGUUUUUGGCAUUGAAAUCUGACCCUCUUAGGACCCGAGUGGAUUUGAUACACCAGCAAGCUAAAGAUCACAUAACACUAGUGAAUGCCUAUGGUGGUUACGCUAGGAAGCUCAAGCUUGACAUAUCCAGGCAAUUGAAGAUGUUUGAUGAAUUGGCGCGCAAUUUUUCUGAUAUUGCUCUUAAGCCGAUGUAUAAAGCAUCGCUGUUUGAGUCGGAUGGUCCGAUUGAUGAGGAUGUGUUGAGGCAGUUUGAGAAGGAGGUUAAGGAUAGAGUGAAGAUUGCGCGGAUGAUGAUUGUUGAGGCGAAAGAGAAUUAUGAUAAUCAACUUAAGAUUCAGAAGUUGAAGGAUACCAUAUUUGCCGUUAAUGAGUCGCUUGCGAAAGCAAAGAAGAAUGGUGCGUUGGCGAGCUUGAUUUCUGCCAAAUCGAUUCCCAAAAGCUUGCAUUGUUUGGCAAUGAGGUUAAUGGGUGAGAAGAUUUCAAAUCCGGAGAAAUAUAGGGACGACGAACCCAAGCCGGAGUUUGAAGAUCCGACUCUAUAUCAUUAUGCAAUAUUCUCAGACAAUGUAAUAGCUGUGUCGGUGGUGGUGAGAUCUGUGGUGAAGAAUGCAAUAGAGCCAUGGAAGCAUGUUUUUCACAUAGUUACGAACAGGAUGAAUGUUGCAGCAAUGAAGGUUUGGUUUAAGAUGAGGCCAGUUGAAGGGGGUGCGUUUCUAGAGGUAAAGUCAGUAGAAGAAUUCACAUUCUUAAACUCAUCAUAUGUCCCAGUGUUGAGGCAACUUGAGUCAGAAAAAAUGCAGCAACUUUUAUUUGAGAAACAAGCUGAAAAUGCCGCAAAUGAUGCCAACCUGAAAUUUAGAAAUGCUAAGUACCUGUCAAUGUUAGAUCACCUUCGAUUUUAUUUGCCAGAGAUGUACCCUAAUUUGCAUAGGAUCUUACUUUUGGAUGAUGACGUUGUGGUUCAAAAAGACUUGACAGGUUUGUGGAAAAUUGAUUUAGAUGGGAAGGUGAAUGGUGCCGUUGAGAUAUGUUUUGGAUCUUUCCACCGAUAUGCCCAAUACAUGAAUUUCUCUCAUCCUUUAAUCAAGGACAGCUUCAAUCCAAAAUCUUGUGCCUGGACCUAUGGAGUGAAUAUAUUUAAUCUUGAUGCUUGGAGGCGUGAAAAAUGUACAGAUAAUUACCAUUACUGGCAGAAUAAGAAUGAAGACCAAACUUUGUGGAAAUCGGGGACACUUCCACCUGGUUUGAUCACCUUCUACUCCUCUACCAAGUCAUUGGACAAAUCAUGGCAUGUGCAUGGGCUAGGAUACAAUCCCAGCAUUAGCAUGUAUGAGAUCAAUAAUGCUGCAGUAAUUCAUUACAAUGGAAACAUGAAACCCUGGCUUGAUAUUGCAUUGAAUCAAUACAAAAAUCUCUGGACCAAAUAUGUGGAUAAUGAUAUGGAGUUUGUGCAGAUGUGCAAUUUUGGCUUAUAGUUGAGAUCAACACAGUGCUGUAUCAUGAUAAAAGCUUGAGAUAACAUGUCACUCGUGGUUUACCAUAUUCUUUUGGAAUUGAGAAUCUCAAGUUAAAUGUAGCUUGUCACACAGAAGUUCUGUGUUGUCAUCAUGUUUCUUCUACAAUGGGAAUGGCAUCUGAGAAUUUCACUGUUGAUAAUUUUCAGUUGCUAGGCAAUAAUUUUGACAAAACUGUAUUUGAAAAUUUACACGAAGUAGUAUUUUUUUCUCCUUCUCUGUUCUGGAUCAUAUUUUUCAUUUAUUUGUUUGCUGAUGGUAGUGGCUGACUCUAUUUACUGAAAAGGCACUACUUUUUUUAUCUAUUUAAUACAUGUAACAUGUUCUCUUUUGUACGUUUCUGGUAUUUCCAAUAUUGAUAAAGCUACAUAUCAUAGGGAAAGGCCAUAUGAAAAGCUGCAAAUAGUUUACAGGAAUUUGGUGCACUUGAAUGAAGCACAACGCAUUUUCAACCAGGGAUGUUUCAUUUUUACAGAACGUUUGAGAUAAGUAGUUUUUCUGGCUUAGUUUACUGCUGUGUGCUUUGUUAAGGAUUACAUCAUCUGUGGAUCUUUACAGGGAUUGGAUAGUUCAUUUUAUAGGAAUAUUUGUUUGGUGGAUCAGUGGAUGUGUCAAGGGAUUGAAUGGUUCUUUAAUGUUGAUGUCUAGUUUUUCUGUUUUCUUCUGUUAAUCUACUUCUUGAUUUGCCAUCUCAGUAGGAAUCUCAAUUUUCUGUAAUAUAUCUCUCUUUGGCAAAUAUGGUAUCAUGUUUUUGUUUUGUUUGGAUAUAAAUGCUGUUAAUGCAGCUUUUACACUCAAAAGUAUGCCUAAAAUUAUUCAAAUUCAAUAAGGAACAUCCUUAAAUGAGACACCAAUCUCAACUUUCAGGAGAUGAUACAGGUCAUUUUUAUAUAUCAUGUACGUGUUGAUGUGUUAAGUUGAAGAAGUGACUAGUUUAGUCAUGUAUGUGUGCUUGUCUUCCUUUGCCAUAGUCACUGGACUCUGCCAAUCUCUACAUUGCCUCUUGGAUAUCUUCACUUUCAAUUGAUAGCUGUGAAACAAGCUUUUCAUUAGGAGCAAAUAUGGAUCAAUAUUCCCAUAGAAAUCAGAAACAGUUUUAGAGCAUCCAACAAGGUAUGGAAUUGAUCACUUCAAUAGCCUAUAUAUUGCCCGAGGCUUUCAGCAAAUUGUAUGGACUAGGGUUAAUAUUGGUGCAAUUGAAGUGAAAAGACGUGAGAUGUUAAUUCUGGAAUUUAUAGUAAAGUAGACAUUUUUGACACACAAAAGUCCACCCUUUUGGCUUUCAGGUUGAUUCCAUUUUGUAACUAGCCAGGUGCUUCAUACACAUGUCAAUAGUGCAACAAAAAAAUCAUUUGGGAUCUAAAAAAUUCUUAAUACAAGAUAUUUCCUCACAAGUUGUUUUAACACUAUCCCCCUUUUUUUUUCCCUCAAAAUUGAUAGUUUAUUCUGAACCCAACAAUUUGAUGUUUAUUGUCUAAUCACUAAUGUGUAGUUUUGGUAUGCCAAACGACAUGCUCUCUGAC